AUUAUUCUACAAUUAUAAUUUUGUAUGAGUAAAUAUCGCAUUUAAACAUUUGCACUGCCCAAAAUAUGAUUUAUUUUUGAUUCAGCUUAUGCUCAAUGAAGACUAAUGAUUCAAGAGUCCAAUACCCCCAUACAACUUAUUUUCUAAAGGACAAAGUGUGCCUCUCAUUUCAGAUUCCUGUGAAGAAUGAGCCUUCUUUACAACUUAAUGGAAAAGUAUAAUAGUAAUUCAUGUCCUUUUAUUUGAAUGUGGGGGAAAGGGGGGAAAAAGUUCAGAUAAUACCUAGUGCUAGAAAGCCAAUCCACAAUAUUUCACACACAGAUACAAUGAGUUACAAAAAAAGUAAUAUAAAUACAUCAAGAGAAAGAAAUAUUCAAUCCUCUAAUAUUGGAGUUGAUGAAGUUGAUAACAUUUUCAGUAAACAUGUUCGUCCUUCAAGUCCUAUUGCAAUAAGGAAAGAAUUACCAAGUGGAAGUGCCCUUGAUGCAGAAUUAUCAGACAGUGAUGAUGAUUCAUCAAAUGAAGAGCCGUUAUCUGAAUCACCAUACAGUUCACCAGGUAGCCUGUCAAAUUCUUAUAGCAAAAAUGAAAGCCCCAACUAUGAAUAUCAAUCUAUUGCCCAAAGUGACAGAGAAAAUUUGAGCAGGAGAGUAUUAUCACAUCAGUAUAGUCAAGAAAGGAAAAGUUCAAUUCCUUCCAUUGAGCCUGAUGAACAAAUUCUAAAAAAAUACACAAUUUAUAUUCCCGCACUAAUUGCUUUAGUUUUUGGUGUAUAUUAUUUGUAUGAUCCAAGCACAGAGAAAACUGUUUUUCAAAAUAAUUAUGAUAAAUUCAGUUUCUACAGUGAUGUGAAAAGUUUGGCACAGCAAUAUAAAGUUAAAGGGGAUGCAAUGUUACAAAUACAAACAGCAAUAAACACCAUAUUUGAAAAACAAGACACAGCUUCAUUUAUUUUCACAUAUGACGGAGGGAUGGCUAAUUUUGAUCCAGUGAAAUUCAACAAAUUUAUGGAUAAUAUUGCAUCAGCUGCUUCUCGGUAUUUACGUAACAAUACAAAAAAUGUACAACAUAUUGUAUUGGAUAAUUCUAAGAUCAUAAGCCUAAAGUCAGAUUACGAGCUUAUUAAUCAAUAUCGUGACACUGUUGAAAAAAGGGGAGUACUGCUUGUCAAGGAUAUUGAGAAAGUACCUUCAAACCUUGCUAUGGCCUUCCAUUAUUACUGUGAUGAAUACAACCCAUUGGUUAAAAAGAGUGCAAUUUUUUUUACUCUGAAUGUUGCUGAAUGUUCUACAUUGGAUCAAAAACCAACACAUGAAUAUAUUGAGCGAUGCCUUAAAACAAAAUGGAAGGAAAUACAAAAGGAUAAAAUUGGUCCACUUCUAACAAGGGUUGUUAAUAUUGUUGUUGAUGUAAUUAGUGUGUAAAAUAAAUAGUAUUGAUAAUGUUAAUUUUUACAACAGUAUUUCAAAAUUUUAUAAUACUUUUUAUACAAAGGAAUUGACUAUUAUUAGUGUUUCUUUUAGGAUAAUAUGUAUGAUGUCAACCGAUUUCGGAUUGUUAUCAGUAAAAUCAAAGUUUUCACAAAUAACAUGUUAUGUCUUCCUGUAAACCAGUAGGUAGUUAGAUUCUUUAGCUAUGUAAUGUUUUGAGUACAAAAUAAAGAAAUUUGAAACUUAUGUCAUUUAUAAAUUAAUCUAAUUAUCAAUAUUUUGCUCAGUGAAAACUUCAAGGAACACUAGAAUUUGUCAUAAAUCAUUAUUCUUGUUUUAUUUCAUUUAUAGCAUGUUGUGCAUUCAAAAUUAAAUACAAUGGAAUUAAAAUGUAAUUUAUUCAUUAAAAUGAACAUGGUUUUUAUGUUUUCUAGUUUAAUAAGCAAUGAAUAAAUUAUAUUUUAAGCUUUUUGUAACUUA